CACCCGACCACCAUCUACGUCCUCGUCUCCCUUCUCUACUCGUUUCCCGUUUCCCGAUCAUUUCUGACUUGUAUCUCUUGAUUAACGAUGUCUUGGCAAGCGUACGUUGACAACAACCUCGUUGGAAGCGGCAAGGUAUCCAAGGCUGCUAUCAUCGGUCUAGCUGGAGGUGUAUGGGCAUCGUCUGCGGGAUACACUCUCUCAGCACAAGAGCAGAAGGAUAUCGUCGCUGCCUUUGCCAACCCUGCUCAGGCCCAGGCCUCAGGCGUUCGCCUUGCUGGUCAGAAGUUCUUCGUACUUCAGGCAAAUGACCGUAGCAUAUAUGGCAAGAAGCAGGCGGAUGGGUGUGUGCUCGUGAAGACCAAGCAGGCUGUCUUGGUGACGGAGUACGUCGCUCCUCUCCAGGCGCCUGAGUCAACGCCUAUCGUCGAGAACCUCGCCGACUACCUCAUCGGUGUUGGAUAUUAGCCUUGGCGACUGCGGGUAAUGGCUGCGACGUGUAGUUAUUGCUGCUAAGGCGGAUGAAGAAGACCUCGCAAUUGUAUUUGAAUAUCACUGCAACACGAUCCCUCUGCAUUCAGCA